CCACGCGCGACAACAAAGAACUUCUCCUUUACAUUCUUCACGACUAUCACCAUCGCACAUACAACACCGACGGCACACACAUUCACUAUCACGCUCGAGAGCAUCCCGAUCGCUUCACCCAGGAGAGCUCUUGCGACAGCGCGCUUCCCUCUCGACCUGCCCUCGAGGCAUUCCUACCUCAACCGACAUUACUACCAUCACCCCUUUCGCACAUCCUCACGCACGCUCCGACACUCACACCAUGGCGGGCACAUCUGUCGAGGCGGGUAGCAACCUCGCGGGCCAGAUCCAGUCUGCAGUCCAGCCGAAACUGAUGGAGAAUGGCUGGGUGGCCGAAGAAAACGACACAACCCUCUCCGAAUAUGUCACGAUGAUGAUUGUUAAUGGCAAGGACCUGCAAAGUGUCAGGUCGGAGUUGGGAGGCGAUUUGCUGGGCGUGGGCGAAGACGAUGCUGCCGUGGGCGAGUUUGCGCAGUGGCUCUUUGAGUUUGUCAAUUCUCUGGCAGUACCACAACAAGCGCCUGCGCAGCAAGAAGAGCAGCCACAGGCCGCUCCGAUCGUUCAAGAUGCGCAGAUGGAAGAUACUGCAGCAUCGACGGAGGCAGUACCAACAGGGCCGAAGUCAAUGCGAAAUGGUAAUAGUACUCCAAGAGGAGGCCGAGGAGGUCGCCUGCUUGGACAAAUGAACCGCAACAUGGACCGUUCGAACGACCUUCCCGAUAAUCUCCGCAAGAUCCGAGGUGCGGCUGGCGGUCAGACAGGACGCAUCAACUCACACGCCGGAAGAGAUGGCGCCCCUCGAGGCCCACGCGGUGCUAGCAAUGCCGCGCGCGGUAUUCAGCUCGCCAUGAACGGCGGGCGUGGCGCUCAUCAUAACAACAUGAAUGCUAUGGGAGGCGGCAUGGGAUUCGGCAUGCCAAAUGGACAAAUGGACCCGCAACAACAAAUGCAGCUCAUGCAGAUGAUGGAAAUGCAAGCCAACAUGCUGGCUCAAGUCAUGCAAAACAAUGGACAAAUGUCUCCCAUGAGUCGUGGCGGAUUCCAACAGCAACGAGGACGUGGCCGGGGUAAUGCCCGAGGAAGAGGCGAUCGACAACAGACCUCAAGUGAACUUCACGCUGUCGAUGGAAAGAUGCCGAUGGGUGCUUUGACCGACUCAAAACCCGCCCAUGCCGACGGCAUGGAAAUCGACGGCGAGGACCAAUCGAACUCAAAAUUCUCCGUCAUGUGCAAAUUCAACCACAACUGCUCGAAUCCCGGCUGCGGCUUCGCCCACUCCACUCCAGCAUCUACAACACCAAUCUCCGUCGAUCUCAGCGAGACUUGCACAUUCGGCUCCGCAUGCAAGAACUUCAAGUGCCAUGCCCGUCAUCCGAGUCCCGCGCAAGCCCACGGUGGCGGCGGCGGUGGAGGAGGAGGCAUUAAGGCUGUCUGCAAAUUCUACCCCAACUGUACGAAUCCCAACUGCAUGUUUGAGCAUCCUGCGGGCGCCGCCUGCCGUAAUGGUGCCGACUGUACCGUCCCUGGCUGCAAGUUCACCCACACCACGAUUGUCUGCAAAUACAACCCUUGCUCGAGACCUACGUGCCCGUUCAAGCACGCUGAUGGCCAGAAGAGAGGCAAUUUCCAGGAUAAGGUCUGGACCGCAGACGGAGUCGAUGGCGCAAAUGGUAAUGGCAAGGCUGAUCGGUUCGCCGACUUCAACAAGCAGAGUGAGGGUGCGGCGGAGGAGUUGAUUCUUCCAGGACAACAGGCGGUGGAGGCGAAUGGAAAUGGCUUCAAGCAGGAAGAGGCUAUCAAGCAGGAGCAAAGUGAGGGAAUCGUCACUUAG